AUGUCAAGAGUAGCGUCAGUUGGGCGAAGGCGAUUUGUGGGUCCUUUCACGCGAAUAAAGGCGUGGUGGUUGGGGAUUGAUCCUGAAUUAUUAGAACGCUACGGAGAACGUGGUAUUUUUCGUUCAUUCUGGAUGGAAUGGCGUGGUGUUAUUAUUGUUGUGUCAUCUGGAGUAGUCAUAUUUAUUAACCACAGUCAUGGAAACCGCGCUAAUGAAAUUUUAGAAAAUAUCGAACUAAACCGACAACGUCAUUAUAAGCGUGAUUUUGCACCGGAGUAUGUAAUGAACGCACCGGCAGCUGUAUAUGAUGGCGCGAAGGGUUACGCCUAUCGUGAUGAGGCAUCGGGAUUAAUGUUGAAUGCCGAUAAUCAACUGGUGACGGAUCUGACACGCGAGGAGCAGCGGAAACGAUUGGAGGGAGUGAAGAUAUCACCAGAAAUGGUGGAGGCAGCGAAACGAAUGCGGAAUAGUUCACGUUACCAAUAA